GUUGCGUUGCGAGUGAGAAUAGUAUUCGUCUAUCGUCCAAGCGAAUGUUCGCAGACUGCGGUUGAAGUUGCUCGGUUUGUGCUUACGGAAAACGAUCUAUCCUGAGCAUGUAUCGCAGUGAUAAUUAUUAACUAAAUUGUGUACCGUCAUUUACUGUUAAAUUUAAUAAAUGAUUUAAUUCAAUUAUUGUAUAAAUUACCAAAUAACGUCAUGUUUUGUAUUCAAAAGUAAAAAAACAUUUGCAGAGAAUCUCUAUUUAUUCAGCUUUUUCUCUGAAGAAUAUAGUGUGCAUCUCAAUUUGUGAAUAACUAAUGGUAAAAUGCAAAUGUUAGGAAAAAAGCUUCGUUAAAAUUAUAAAAAAUACCAAUCAAGCACGACGACGUAGCAGCCGAUCAUGCUCCCGCAGUUCCAGUGAUGUGAUUUGAUAUUUAAUACCAAUGCCAAGGGUUGAUAUUAAAGAACAAUCUGUCGAAUUGAAUCUCUCAGUAUCGAAUAUCAUUCCUGUGAAUCACGACGGAUAAGUUUCGUUGGUUGUGUAGAUAGAAAAUAAGUGAAACGCAACCGGCGUAACCUAUUUUUUGCAGUGCAGUGAUACGAAGCCUAGCUUAAGCUACUAAUUAGUUGUAUACCAAGCAGAGUAAUGUCAACAGUGAAGUAAAAUAGAGUGAAUUAGAAGAAAUAGUUUUAUGUUUCCUUCUCUGGCCCCUAUACUGCGACAAAUAUCACGCCCGAAAGUCAGUAAAAAGGUGGCGUUUGAUGGAAAUGAUCUUCCAUUGCUUUCCACGACAACACAUCUCCAACAGUUCAACCAAAAGCCUGCAGUAUCAUUUGUAGAAAACAGCACUGUAUUUAGAUACGCUUUUUCAGAUAACAGCACCAUGCGAGAGCACCGUCAUCGCUAGAACCGCAUACUUUCCCCCCUUCCGUGAUACCGCGUGUCCGGUGAGUUGCUGGUCAUGUUCGAGCGCCGCCCACUAUUCGGAGCUCUGAUUGGGCUGACGCUAAUUGUGACAGUAUGGCAUAUGUCGUUUCAAGAAGCUACCAGCGGAACUAGCAGCAGCAGCAGCAGUUCAGGGUCUAUGUACCAGGAAUCGGCGAUCGUGCUGCCACCGUACAUGCCAGCAUCAUCACUAGCAUACUCUACACCGCUUCAAUUCUUACCCGCUUUGCCACAACCUAACGAAGACAGGAUUAUGUCCGUUGGGAUAGACGAAACGGAAACCGGUGGAGGUGCAGGUGGUUCGAUGGUGAACCAGAGUGUUUUUCCUUUGUUGCUCUCAUCGAUAUUAGUCAAUCCAUUAGAAAUGUUGCCAAAAGAUGAUUAUAACAAUUUGAUAGAUUUAAAAGAUUUUAAAUUCAUCAUCAACUUCAACAAUUGUAGUGCGGAAAGCGGCCGAAGCCACCAUGAAAGCGUGGGAACUGAUAGCCUUAAGAUGGGUGAUGAGCGACGAUCACCGUUAGUAUUAGUUCUAGUUCAUUCAGCACCAACUAAUUGGUAUAAGCGCAAUACAAUUCGUGAUACCUGGGGACAGUAUGAUCCACGAGCAAAGCUCAUUUUUCUUAUCGGGGCGGUCAAUUCGAGUGUGCUGCAGCGGCGCUUAGAACAAGAAAAUCGAUUAUACGAUGACAUUGUACAAGGCAACUUUAUCGACGCCUAUCGAAACAUGACCUACAAACAUGUGAUGGCUUUAAAAUGGUUCACAUAUCACUGCCCGGAAGCUAAAUAUGUUCUGAAAGUGGAUGAUGACGUCUUUGUUAACACUCCCGUAUUAUACGACGUUUUGGAAUCGACGUCACAGCGGCGAAGACUGCUAUUUUGUCAGGAAAUCAGCAAGGCGCCGGUAAAACGCACCCAUCGUUCCAAGUGGUACGUUAGCAUACAAGAGUAUCGAUAUAAAUACUACCCGAAUCAUUGUCCCGGUUAUUCGAUUAUCUACACGCCAGAUGUAGCUUUCGAGCUGUACCGGGAAGCGCAACAACAACCUUACUUCUGGAUCGAUGAUGUCCAUCUCACCGGAACCAUUGCGAGGCGAAUCAAUGUUACCAUUACGCCAACUGGCCGAAUGCUAUUAAACCGGAGCCAGAAGGAUGCGAUUCUCGACAGAACGGCGAAUGCAACGGAUCAGUUGUUUUUCUUCACCACGCCGGACUUGCGCGAAGGUGAGAUCCGAAGGCUAUGGAAAGCUGUAACAUAUUCCAAAAAUGGCAGAUAGUAGGAACCGCCAGCUGUCACGAGUCAAUACGAACGGGAACGAACGAGGAAAGUGUGUGAGCGUGAGUGUUACCUCGCGGGCAAUAAUCUCAUGACCAUCAAGCAGGGUCAAUUUAAGUAUCAUUUGGAAUCUUCAUAGAAUUUCCACUGGCGUAUGCAGUGUCGUAGGUAUCAAUCGUUAACCAAUUUAAGAUAUUUUCCUUCCUUUCGUUUAUUUUUAUUUAGAAUCUAGGUAUACAAAUAAUUAGCCUAAUUUUUCCGAGCUAUGAUCUCUCUAAACAUGUUACGUGAAAUGCAAAUUAAAUUAAAUACGCGGAAGCUCGAUAUUUCAUCAAUCAGUCACGUUAGUUUGUAAUUAACAGUACGUUCUAGAGUCAGC